CCAAUAGAAACUGUGCCUGAUUUGUGGCCAAUGUUGGAGAUGUAAAAAAAAAAAAAAUAGGAGGAAAAAACACUAAAGGGGUAGCUAUGGAGAUAGAACGUUAUCCUGGCUGCUUUCUUUGACAGGUGUUGAGUGGGGUAAAAAGUCUUAAAACAGAAGCCAGAAUGUACGGCAAGGGUAAAGGAGCUGUCGUCCCUUCCGAUAGCCAAGCGAGAGAAAAGUUAGCUUUAUAUGUGUACGAGUACUUACUGCACGUCGGAGCACAGAAGUCAGCACAGACCUUCCUGUCUGAGAUCCGAUGGGAGAAGAACAUCACAUUGGGCGAGCCUCCAGGGUUCCUGCACUCAUGGUGGUGUGUAUUCUGGGAUCUCUACUGUGCUGCUCCGGACCGCCGUGAGACCUGUGAACAUUCCAGCGAGGCCAAGGCCUUCCAUGACUACAGUGCGGCAGCAGCCCCCAGCCCGGUGAUGGGCAACAUGCCCCCCAACGACGGCAUGCCCGGCGGCCCCAUGCCACCCGGCUUCUUCCAGGGACCGCCCGGCUCCCAGGCGUCCCCCCAUGCACAGCCACCCCCACACAACCCCAGCAACCCCAUGAUGGGACCCCACGGCCAGCCCUUCAUGUCUCCACGGUACCCUGGUGGACCACGCCCCUCACUCCGUAUGCCAAAUCAGCCACCAGUGGGGGCUCCUGGGUCACAGCCUCUCUUGCCAAACAGCCUGGACCCCACCAGACCGCAGGGACACCCAAAUAUGGGUGGGCCAAUGAGAAUGAACCCCCCCAGAGGAAUGGGGGGCAUGGGGCCACAGAACUACGGUGGGAUGCGGCCUCCUCCCAACUCCCUGGGCGGUCCAGGAAUGCCAGGGAUGAACAUGGGUCCUGGAGGGCGUGGUCCGUGGCCGAAUCCCAAUGCUAACUCAAUAGCAUACUCUUCCUCAUCACCUGGAAACUAUGUGGGUCCGCCAGGAGGAGGAGGUCCACCAGGAACUCCCAUCAUGCCCAGUCCAGGAGACUCCACAAACUCCAGUGAAAACAUCUACACAAUGAUGAACCCUAUUGGACCUGGAGGCAACAGACCCAACUUCCCGAUGGGUCCGGGUCCAGAUGGGCCGAUGGGUGGAAUGGGCCCCAUGGAGCCGCACCAUAUGAACGGAUCGCUAGGGUCAGGUGACAUGGAUGGGUUGCCAAAGAACUCUCCCAACAACAUGGCGGGCAUGAGCAACCCCCCGGGAACGCCGAGGGACGACGGCGAGAUGGCUGGAAACUUCCUCAACCCAUUCCAAAGUGAAAGUGUGAGUGCAGCUGGCCCGUUACCCGUAGCGCACCCUCCCCGACCCCCGACUCCACAGUCAUACGGUUCAUCCCAGCCAAAACGUGGCAGGUGAUGGACAAGACCCCCCUCUCCUACCACAGAACCGAAGGCUGCCUUCCGCAAACCCGUCGCCAUCUAAGUGACAUUCAGGGGAGCAGAUGGGCGUGUUUGUUGGAAAGUAGCUCUUCGCUUAAAACUAGGGGUGUCGUGCUCAGUUCUUGGUGCAUGCUUGACAGUUUCUCUUCUAACCCAGACUUUUUUUUGGCUGAAUCUACAAGUGUGAUUUAAUCUUUUUUUAAGCAAAAAAAAUGUCAAACUGAAUGUGAAACAGUUGGGCCAAAUUCAGUAAUGAAGAGCAGAUACUGGGGCAAACAUAGCAUUCUCACAGCCCCCAGGAAAUGAGCUAACCCCCCCUAGGCUUCGGUGAGCACACAGUGACCUUUGCAUUCAGCCAUUUGUCCGUGUGUCCCAUGGCUGCUGUUGUGGCCUGUGCUCUGUCACACGGUUUGCUGCCUGGUGUUCCGACGGGAAAACUAGGAAGCGCCUGUGGCCAGCAUUGUGUGUUGUUUUCACAGUUCCGAAAAUCAGUAAUAGAUUACCCGCUCUCAUCUGUCCCCCCCUCCCCUUUCUCUCUUUUCAGUAUUCACCCAACAUGACGAUGAGUGUGUGAUUUAGUUUUUUUAUUUUAUUUUGUAUUUUGUAUUUUUAUUUCUUUUUUUUUAUUAUUUUUUGCUUUGCUUUACCCCCCCUCCCCGCCCCGGUCCUUCGAACUUUGGA